AUGGCUUUGCCAAACUCACGGGGUUCUCCCGAAGCUGGGAAACCCAACCCCAGCGUCAUAGACCUGGGGACAAUCUUUGUGGACUCCGACAUCAUAUUUGGGUUCACAAGUCACCUGCUGAAGAGAAAAACAAAGGUGGAGGGAUGUCCCGGUGGAGAGUCUCCGGUCACCCCGCGGAGGAGACUUCUCUCCGCGGAGGAAGCGCGAUGCAGCAGCCGGCCUGCUCCCGAGGGCGCCGGCUCAGUCUCCAUCCCCGAGCCGGAGAAAGGGGGGUUCUGCCAGCAAUGUCAGCAGAAAGUCUCAGAGCUGAAGAAGCAGGCGCUUUCUCUAGCUGACCAAAACUCUCUAAAGGACCCCGGGUAUGCAACCUUCCUGCUCGAGCAGCUCCAGACACCUGGAGAUCAGGAGCCUGGCUGCUGCCCGGUGUGCUUCACACCUCUGUACCAGCUGAGGCAGGAGGCCUUGCAGACGCUUCGUGCUCCCGUGGUCGCCUUCGGCUCAGACAGGGCAGCCUUACCCACUGCGGCUGUUUUACCGCAGCCCUCCCGACUCCCCGUGCCGCCCUCCAGCAUCCACAACAAGCAGUUGUCAAAAAGCCAGCCCUCCGCCCGCUCGGUCGUGUCCCUGGGGGAGCGACACAGAGUGCCAGGCUGGUCCCAGAGCCCCACUGCCUCCUCAGGGGCAAAGACCAGUGUCCAGGUCACCGUGGCGGGAGGGCAGCUGACAGGGUCUCUCAGCACCGUUACAAUCCAGGCGCAGCAGUACCUCGAGGGCAUGUGGAGCAUCUCCAGAGUCAACAGCUUCCUCCCUCAGCCUAAGCCCGCCCACGCUUUGAUGGGGGAGGCAAAGGGGGAGGCCAGAGCCUUGGAGGCCCCUGUCACCACCGUGACCAACCCCACCACCACCAGCACCACCAGCAGCAGCAGCCUGACGCCCUGCCGACUGAGGGCCUCCAGCCAAGCGGGACAUUCAGCGCCCGGAACCAGUGCGUCCGCCUCCCCCUCUCAUUCCUCAUCUGCAGCAGCUUCCUUCUUCAUUAGGGCAGCACAGAAGCUGAAUCUCUCCUCCAAGCGGAAGAAACACCAGCCCUCGCUGCUCCAUCCGCAGGAGCCCUCCAUCUACCCGACCAACUUCAGCGGCAUCCUGCAGGUCUCGCCGCCGCCUGCCCCGCCAUGCCUGCUCCGAGCCGUGUCCAAAGUGAAAGAGAACCCGGGGAUGGGAAAGGUGAAAGUCAUGAUGCGAAUCUGCCCCCCUCUGGAGGCUACAGACUCCUCAGAGUCUCAAUCCUUCUUGAAGGUUGACAGCAGGAAAAAGCAGCUGACCCUCUACGACCCAGCGUCCAGCCCACACUCCAGCUCAGGGCACCGGAGGUCUGCCACUGUGGCCGUCCCAAAGAUAUUUGCUUUCGAUGCCAUUUUUACCCAGGAUGCCUCACAAGCCGAGGUGUGCUCAGGAACAGUAGCUGAGGUCACCCAGUCUGUGGUGAAUGGUGCAGAUGGUUGCAUCUUCUGCUUCGGUCAAGUCAAGCUCGGCAAGACAUACACCAUGAUUGGCAAAGACAGCACCACUCAGAGCUUAGGCAUUGUGCCCUGUGCCAUUUCCUGGCUCUUCAAGCUCAUCAAUGAGCGCAAGGAGAAGACUGGCACCCGCUUCUCAGUCCGUGUGUCUGCUGUGGAAAUCUUUGGAAAAGAUGAAGAGCUGAAGGACCUGCUAUCUGAGGUGUCAACAGGCAGCCUGCAGGAAGGCCAGUCCCCAGGAAUCCAUCUGAGAGAGGAUCCCAUCUGUGGCACUCAGCUCCAAAAUCAGAGUGAGCUUCGAGCCCCCACUGCUGAGAAAGCUGCCUUCUUCCUUGAUGCAGCCAUCGCCGCACGCAGCACCAGCAGGCCGGACGCCGAUGAGGAUCAGCGGCGCAACUCCCACAUGCUCUUCACGCUGCACAUUUACCAGUACCGCAUGGAGAAGAGCGGCAAAGGCGGAAUGUCAGGUGGACGGAGCAGGCUGCACCUUAUCGACUUGGGGAGCUGUGAAAAACUCCUGAGUAAAAGCAGAGAUGGAGGGGGAGGCUUGUGUCUUUCCUUGAAUGCACUGGGGAACGUCAUAAUGGCUCUUGCAAAUGGAGCAAAACAUGUACCAUACAGGGACAGCAAACUGACAAUGUUGUUGAGGGAGUCCCUCGGCAACAUCAACUGCAGAACCACUAUGAUUGCCCACAUCUCAGAUUCUCCAGCCAACUAUGCUGAGUCACUCACCACUAUCCAGCUGGCAUCCCGUAUCCACCGCAUGAGAAAGAAGAAAUCAAAGUAUGCUUCCAGUUCAUCUGGAGGUGAAAGUUCUUGUGAGGAAGGGAGGAUUCGCCGGCCUCCCCACCUAAGGCCCUUCCACCCCCGUACAGUUGCCCUGGACCCGGACAUGCCUUCCUUGCUCAGCGAUCCAGACUACUCUUCAAGUAGUGAACAGUCUUGUGAUACUGUUAUUUACGUGGGCCCUGGAGGAACAGCAAUCUCGGAUAGGGAACUUAGUGACAAUGAAGGACCCCCCGCAUUUGUUCCAAUUAUUCCCUCCUUGAACAAAAAGAAGACUACAAAAGAGGGCUCGUUGGACAGAGACCAUUUCUUUAAAUGCAACACAUUUGCUGAGCUGCAGGAGAGACUGGAGUGUAUAGAUGGUAGUGAAGAACCCACUGCAUUUGUUGGAGAAGGCAAGCGAAGCCAGGCAAGCCCGAAGACAGACAAAUCUAAUUCACCAAAGACUGUAGCAAAUAUUUCCAACAGCCAAGAGGUCAACUCAGACAAACAAUCACCCAAAUUGGUCCCCGCACAACAGCCCUGCAGUCCCAAUGCUAAAUCUAAAGCAGAUAGUGUCAAGAGGCAAUGUACAACUCCAGAAAGGUUGCCCUCAGAGUGUGUUCAGAAUAUAUGCAGAACUAGUGCUGAUGGCGAAAAGGCUUUGGCCUGUGAAAAUGUGGUUAGUACAAACAAACCAACACCUGCUGCAGGUGCAAACCCAGAGCCGGUGGUGCGGGAGAAGGUCUACUUCAACAAGAAAACUUUGCCAAAGCCAGCACCACCACCUUCACAGCCCAGACAAAAUUCAGCCCAUGAGGAAAGAUCCAGCACCAGAAUGCCACCUGUGGGAAUGAGCCACCAAGCUGUGAAAAGGAGGGAUCCUUGCACAUCCCCUUUACUCAGACCCCCAGUAGAGGUGUGCCAGGUGCGAUCCACUUUGAGGGAAAGAUGUCUGGAUCGAGACAUCCUCAGAGCAACGGUGACCUUGCAGCAGCCCGUGGAGCUGAAUGGAGAAGAUGAACUGGUGUUUACUGUAGUGGAAGAACUGUCUAUUGGCAGUAUUGUGGAAAAGGGCCGGCCAUCUAGCAUCAUUAGCUUUAACAGCGACUGCUCGCUUCAGGCACUGGCCUCUGGCUCCCGGCCUGUCAGCAUCAUCAGCAGUAUCAAUGAUGAAUUUGAUGCCUAUACAUCAGCUGUAGGAGGACCGGAGGUGAACAUUGCAGUGGUCACACCUCUUCAGGAAUCAGCAACAGAGUGUGUAGACAGUAGGGGCUCAUCUAUCAGCUCUUGGUUGAGUGAAGUUAGUGUCUGCACCUUGGAAAGUGAAGGGGCUCAUUCGACAGACGUUUUCCUUCCACAGUCCAAACAUGUGGGUCCAGAGGCCACCUUCUACUUUGAUUCCCUUGAGAUGUUUCAUUGUAUACCAUCUCCUAGAGAUGCCAAGAACUCCUUGAACGACAGCGGAUUUAGUUUCUCAGAGCAAGACAGUGAUAGUGCUGCCUCAAGCAAACAAUCAUUGACAAAGUUUCCCCCAUCACCAGAAUCAACGAAAGGCUCCCUCAGAUUCACAUCUAAAUUGACUAAAGCUCACUCAGUUUCCUCCUCCCCAUUCCCACAGGGCCCUUCCAUAGUCCAAUCCAGUCUUCCCAGGAAGAUCAAACCUACCUCAUCCAUUUCUCAUAGUAGUAGCAGUAGCAGCAGCAGUAGGGAUCCACCAAGGCAAGAGGUUAAGCAGGAGGAUCCCUGGCAACAUGUUGACAACCAUCCAGAACCUCAGUUUGCUGACUCAAACAGCACCAGCAAAUUCAUCAGAAAUCCCCCCAGUGGUAUUCCCUCCAGCAAAGCAUCACACAACAGCAACAGUGUACCUCGCCCACCCAAGGUGCAGGGGCCUACCUCAUCCCAGAGGGUGGUUGAUGGCUGUGAGAAGUCAGCCAUCAGGAACCCACCCAGCAAAAUGCCUCAGCUGAGGCGAGGUGCCACCACCCUGGGAACAGUGCCCGUCAUUCAUUCCUCUACAGACUUCAAGGGAACCCAAGACAUCAUUGCAUCUACCACAAGCCUUAAAUUCUCCUCUCUGGGGAAAAGCAACAAGGCUAGCUCACAGAAAGCAAAUAACCUCCCUAGACCUGGCUGCACCUCGCCUCCUCCCCCUCCACUGAGAAAGUCCAGUCUUGAACACAAGACCAAAAUCCUGCUGCCCCAAAGUGCCUUAAAGUCAGCAUAUGGGGAGGCAGGGAGGGCUUCUGGGACGAGGGCAGCUGUGUCAGAGGAUGAGCUUGAGGUACGACAUAGAGCAGACUCCACCAGUUAUAAAACUUCCAGUCUCAACUCAGCCAAAGUUAACUCGAGCCUAAAGGCUAAAGGGCCUAGAGGAGAGGUUGGGCUGCAUUACAGCAGUCAAAUGUCUCUGGAAAGAUGUGAAAGUCUGUCUCUAUCGGGUUCUAGAGCUGCACUUAGUAGGGAGAACAGUGGGGCCAGUCUGGGAAGCAAGCCCAGCAAGUCUAUUCCAAGAUUUGGCAUUCCUAAUUCAUCUAGCUCUCCUAUAGCUACUUGUCCAUCUACUCAGAGUGGAGGAAAUGUAAAUAAAGUUGGUCAGGGAAAAAUUUCUGCAAAUCCCAGAGCAUUAGGAGGAGUGAAUGGAAGCAAGGCACGCUCACUGUCAGCUAACAGCUCGAAAGGUCUUAGCUCCUCCACAAAAUCCCUGGCCCCAGCUGUUUCCAGGAACACCAAUGCCAACCUGCCUCCAUCAGGGCGAACAUCAGCCCCUCGGACUGCUGCUUCAGUCACUAGUAAACCUGGAAGAGGAACUAUCAUGGGUACAAAACAGGCCAUUAGGGCCGCCAAUAGCCGCGUGAGUGAGCUGGCAACCGGCAACAUAUCUGGCAAACAUGGAAGAGGAUCGGGAGAUUCAGACAGUGGAAAUGACAGUGGGGUGAAUGUGAGUGAUGACAAACCAGCCACAGCCAUCCUGCCCUCUCCAUACAGCAAAAUCACUGCACCCAGGCGGCCUCAGCGCUACAGCAGCGGCCAUGGCAGCGACAACAGCAGUGUGCUGAGCGGGGAGCUGCCCCCAGCUAUGGGCCGAACAGCUCUGUUCUACCACAGUGGAGGCAGCAGCGGGUAUGAAAGCAUGAUCAGAGACAGUGAAGCCACAGGGAGUGCUUCCUCAGCACACGACUCCAUGAGCGAAAGUGGCAUGUCGUCUUCGGGCAGAGCAAGGAGCUCUAAAUAUCCUAAAAAGAGAGCUACUGGCUUCCAGAGAAGGCGGCUGAUCCCAGCACCCUUGCCAGACACCUCGUCCCUGGGGAAGAAGGUGGGCACAACAGGGCAGUGGGUGGACUUGCCCCCUAUGUCUGGGCCAUUGAAGGAGCCCUUUGAAAUCAAAGUGUAUGAGAUUGACGAUGUGGAACGGCUCCAAAGACGGCGUCAGGAGGAAUCUGCAGAGCAACCAUUCCAAGAUGUUGACAAGGGCCUGCUGUAUUUCAACAGUAAAAUAAAGAUGCUGGAGAGAAGGCAACAGCAAGUGAAAGAGCUGAGGGCAAAGCAUCAAGUGUUGUUGGAGGAGCUGGAAGAUACCAAGGCACGGCUAAUGAUGGAUCCCAGCAAGUGGCUAGGAGAGUUUGAGGUGGACCAGAAUUUGGAUAAAGAGUCUCCAGAGUACCUGGAAGCGUUGGCACAGGCUACGGAAGAGCUGGAGUUCUGUGUGAACCUUUGUAAGGCCCAUGUCAUGAUGGUGACAUGCUUCGACAUCAGCAUGCAGUCGUCAGUGGGCAUUCAGGAGGGACUGCGUGAAGUCGAAGUCUGAGGACAAAAGAAAGUAGUGGCGGAAAAGGAAGAGCAAGUGAGAAGACAAAGGAAGAAGAAAUGUAGCGGUCAGUGUGUAGAUAUCACUGGGAUGAAGAACAGGAGACAGAGCAGAAGAGAGUGGAGCUUUACAUGAAAACAGAAUGAAUCUUGACCACCUAGCUACAGUGCCUCAUUGUCUAGGACAUGUCAGAAAAACAAAGUGUUAGCACAAUUGAUUUUGCCUCUAUGGCAAAACAGUGGCCGUCACUUAUUCAAAAGUCAAUGAACACCACCUGGAAGUGCCUUUUUAUCAAUGUUUUCCUUUUCUUAUUUCUUAUUUUUCAUAUGGAGCAGGUAUCCUCAGCAUACCUGAGCAAACCCUGAACAUAUUGCUUUUAUGAACAAAUAUUUUAUAAUGCAUUGUAUAGUGUAUUUAAAUUAAUGUGGUGUGUACAAUGAUUCUUGUAAGGGAGAAAAAAAAUAAAGAAAAAAAGAAUAAGCAAUAAGCUAAUGUUAUUGCGCUCCCAGACUUUGCCUUUUCUCUCUUUUGAAACCUCAGUCAGCAUUUUAUCCAUGUUCAUUCAGCCUCUUGCGCCUUAUUUUAACUCUGGUUAUAUAGUUUUCUAAAUUUUCAAACUGGACUUUGUUUUGUUUUUCAUUACGGACUGCUUUUGCUGUUGCUCCUCUCCUGCCAGCUGGAUCGUACAAGCUUGCAGUGUGAAGUGAAUGCUUUUCCCUAUUAUUGCCUUGGUCAAAGUGGGUCUCGGUAGAGCGGUGAUGGUGAGGCUGUGCUCGCCGACGUUUGUCUCACUGAGAAGGAGAGAAUAAGCCAAAACAUAUCAAUCAGAGGGACACUUUGGUGGACAGUGAGUGAUAAUUCUUGAUUCAGCCAUUCUCUCUGGUGCCUCAAAAGCGGUCAUGCGACCCCGGGAGACUUCCCUUCUCUCACAUGUGACGAUAGCGUGAUGAACGGGGACACUGAUAGCAGUUCGACCAGUUUCUCUUCAAAUGGGCUUGGACAUGAGGGCUCUCUGUAUACUGUAAGACAAAAGAGGCACAGAUGAGGCAGCACAGGUCUGUCAGCCUCUGCCUUUUUUUUCCAAGCCCUGCCUCUGCUCUAUGCAUUCCAAUACAUUUUUACAGCAACUACUGAAAAACCCCCAAUAAAGGCCUAUGGUCAAAACAAUGUCUGACCACCUUUGUCCUCAAGUUGAUUGUUUUUUUUAAAAAAGUGAACAAAACAUUUAGUGUUUCAGACCUCUGAAUUGUUAGUUUCCCAUGAAAGCAUGCAGUGAGUCGGAACCAAUGACUGUGGCAUUUUUCAGCAGAAUCAAUCAUUAUCAGCUCUUUGAAGCUGCCAGAAUGUGUUUAUGAAUCAAGCAGCUGACGCAGAAAAUAAAGAGUGGAUCCGUGAGAGUGAUCAUUACAAAAAGACUGACUGUGAUGUCUCUUGUUGUGUUUAGUUUCUUUAUCGAUGACAAAUAUGUCUUUGUUUCUUUGUUUUACAAAAAUGUACUCUCAGGCCCUCUCUGAAGAUGCUGCAUGGAAUUUUUAAAUCAUUUCUACAGAUGAUUUCUACACCAUUUUUAUCAUUCUAAUUUUUUACACUAAGUUCAGUUUUCACUAAUAUGGGAAUAGGCUCAUAAAUUGGAUUAUUAUUACCAAACCAAGACCUUUUCCAAGAAACUAUUAUAUGUAAGGUCAUAUUUCAUAUCAAAACCCAUAUUUUCUAAUACCUUUGUUUUUGUACAGGAUUUUCAAACCUUGUGUAUAAUGUAUGAUACGGCAGCUUGUGUUCUCUUUUACAGUACAUGUGAAUAAAAUGUU